UUUGAACGUCGAACAUUUCUAACUCGUGGUAUAUAAAGAAAAGCAAAGAAAAUCAUUUUUCUAUGUACAUCGACAAUACCUAAGGUUAUAUUUGUUGCAUGCGGUGUAAGUUUUGCGUUUAAGCUAGAUCAACGCUUCAAUGAUUCGUCAGGUUGAACCUCGUGCAAAUGAUAUUACAUGGUCCGCGGAAAUUUCUCUAUUGUUUCAGCGACAUAUAUAACUCCGCAGCUGCGCAGGUGUAUUCUCAGUCUUCUUACUAGAAUCCUUGGAAAGCCAGUCACGCCUGGUCACUCUAAGAGAAAGAGUGAAGUCCGUUUUAACGUCUUCACCGGUUUCACUAAUACCAGCAAGCUACGUCGCUGAGAACAAGAAUGCAAUGGGUGAAGGAAGACGAGAUCGUUCAAGCAAAAGACAGAGGUCGUCCUUUGGAAUUGGAAAAUCUUCAUCGGACUCGGACUUGCCCCGUGGGAAAAGCAAAGGACGAAAUCGGGGAAAGAGCAGAAACAAGAUCAAGGAAAAAUGGCAUCUACCAGAAAAUCUAACAGUCGACCAGUUGGCACGUCAUCGUCGUCGACGUGUACAGAAUCAUCCGAAAGACAAUUUGGCUCUGUGUAAACCAGAGGAUGUCAUUAAGAAUCUCAUUACGGAAUAUCAAAAAUCAUUUCGCGCCAAAAAUAUUGAAUCGCUUCAGGAUAACAGUCAACCGAUCGGAUGCGCCCAUCCGGAAGACCUUCUACACUUGGAAGGUCUCUUCGAGAACACUGUCUCUUCUUAUUACCAAGAUUUUCCAGAAUACAAGGACAUUGAGAUCCCAGUCAGGAGUAAAGGACCCGCGUCCAAUCUUCAGAUAGCCGAUGGCGAAAAAGCUAUGGAGACCGAAACAGAAAGCUCGAGAUUCAUCCCUUAUUCGAAUUUGGCCAAUGCCCGUCCACCACUUAUGCGAAGGGGUACCAGUCUGAGACACGAGGGUGACUUUUGCACAAAUACAGAAUAUUCCUGUUAUGUUCCUCACGAGGGGCAUCGUCGGGCUGAACUAGCUCGCAGACCAACAUCCCUGAAAAUGGAAGGUGAUAUGGAUACCAUGACUGAAAAGUGCGAAAAGUUCAUCGAGUGGCUCAACGUCAGUCGACCCGAACUAAUGCGCAUUCCCACGCAUCUCAAACUGGAAGGUGAAUUUGAGACCCUGACUGAGAAUCACGAUAAGUACGUUCCGUUCGUCGGUGCCAGGAGGCCGGAAUUGCUGAGACAGGGUGCCAAUAUCAGGAUGGAGGGAGAGUCCAGAUACGCUCCUGAAUACAAAGACGUUUUUCGAGAACACGAUGUUAGGGAGAGGCAAUUGCCCAGAAAGCCCGAGACGCAUCUGAAGCCUGGAGGUGACUUUCAUCGCGUGACGGAGACAUCGGAAAUGUUUGUCGAUCCGCGUGUCAAGGAAAUGAGAUUAAUGGCGGAGCUAGAGAAGGACAUAGCUGCUGAGGAACAGAAGAAGCAGGAGGGAGAGGCCAAGAGAAAAAAGAAGGAAGACGAGAUGAAGGUGCUUGUAUCAAAAUUAGAAGAUUUAAAAUCGCCACCUUUAGAAGUGCCAGAAUAUCGAGAUGCUUACAAGGACUUCCCAAGAGAACGACCCAGGCUGAUAAAACCGGAAGAUGAAAUUGGUCGAGCCGACGGCUCGAAAUUGUCCCCUUUAUCUACUCAUUCAAAGUUUUCAUCAAAGAUCGAUAUGGAUCCUGAAUACAAAUCAAAAUAUAUUGAUUUUUCUAAGGAACGUCCGAUAUAUAGAAAGCCACCAAUGGCUUUAAGACCCGGUCUAGCUUCCAGUAGAUCAAGUGCGAGCUUUGAUAGAGCCGCGCACAGGGUCGAUAACGAACACACCAGUGAGGUCAGAUCUCAAUAUGUUUCAUAUGGUCAAAUUCCAAGAACGGAAAGUGUGAAAAUGCCAGCAAAUUUGAGAUUAGAAGGAAGCUUGGAUCUGCAGCCUGAAUACAGAAACGCUUACUGCACCAAACAGGAAGCUGCGUCUUACGAUGCUCCGAGGAUGCAUCGUGGCAGAGAUCGUAGCUUAAGUGCUUCCAGGAAACGAGAUAAUUAUUGGAUAAGCAAUAACAAUGGAAAUCAAUUUGGGGCUAUAAAUGCUACUCAGGACCAAGAUGCCUUUCAGGUAUUGAAUACCAAAGUUCAUGAGGGAAGCGUGGUAGGGAAGCCACCAACUGGUACCAGAAGAGGAUCAAAAUCAUCUAAGACGCAAGUGCAACGGUCAUCGCAUCUUGACACUGCAGAUCGUCCUGGUGUGAGAAAUCGUUCACCCAGUCCAACCUAUAGACUUCACGUCUGCAAUGUGGAUGACGAACCUCGUGGUUUUGGUCGACGACAACCAUCUCCAGGACCAAUCGUGAGGCCUCCUUCACCUCAUGGACUAACUAAUCCAUCCAAAGAAGAUUUUCAAAGAGUUUACUCUCCCAGCUUCGGUAGAAAUCCUGAGCAGAAUGUCGAUGGACAAUCUUUUGUCGUCCUCGACAAUGCUGCACCUAACAAUUCUGCCAUGAGCUAUAUAAAUGAGGCUCGCAGAAGACGAACUGACAGGAACUGUAAUGUUGAUAGUCAGAAUCCAAUGCCAAGGGGACGUCCUAGAAAUAGGUCACCACCUAAUUGGAUGCCACCUUGGUACGAUAAUGCUAAUACUAUUUGAUAAGAAUUUUAAAUUAAAAUCAUUCCACUAGGGUAAAACUGAGAUUUAGUUUCUUGAUUUGCCAAAAAAUUCCAAGAUCCACUCUAAACUAACGCAAUUAUUCUUUACUCGGUAAUUGUCUAACUUCCAUUCUCAAAUGAUAAAUAUCCGUUUUUGGUAGAAGGUAUGAAUUAAAAGUUACAUUUUCUUGUCGAAUGAACAAAGUCUACCAGCAAAUAUUUAAGUUUACGUGCUACUCAGGUAAUAAUCUCUGAUUCCCAAAUAUAUUUAUUACUGCCAAUUGAUUUAAUAAUAACUAUAUAUAUGAUGCUUAAAAAUAUUCAUGGUUGUCAUGAAAAUUGCCGACACGCCAUUCACGAAGAUUGAUUAUUUCCAAAUAGCGGAAAUAAGGCAAUAUACUUAAGAUUGAAUGACUUGCGUAUCCAAAUGCCUUAGACUCAGAGUAUCAGUAUCCGAUACAAAUAUAGUAAAUAGUCGUUUGUAGAUUGCAUAAAGUUAACAACGAGAAAUAUCGUUGUAUAUAAAACCGCUUUUGUAAAGUAUAUUUCUAGAAUAAAGAAUUGAU